CCGACACCGCCUGUUUCAAUUGUUCCGUAACGUUCGUACGACUGGCACGCGUUUUUUAAUUUUUUUUUUCUAAACUUGUGUUUCUAGUGCUGCGUGUUCUGAUGGUUGUUCAACUUAAUCACACUCGUGCGCAGUCUGUCACGAUCUCACUGAUAAACUUCGUUAAAGCUGGCGAUUAAAUGGUCAAUGAAAUAAACAAGUUCGUCAUAAUAUAAAGCUUUCUUGUGAUAACUGCAACUAUUAAAACAAAAUGUUCGUUGACACAUAUUUAUUAAGUGUAGUGCGUCAGGAAUUUCUGGAUGCAUCUAGAGCAAGGAGUACUCUCAUUGUGUUCUGUUGCACGCUGAGUUGUGUUGUGUUCUUACAGUGGUUGUUCCGGCUUUUUUGUCAGAUUAAGAAACUUCCUCCAGGACCUUGGGGAGUACCGAUCUUCGGGUAUCUUACGUUUAUUGGUCAUGAAAAACACACGCAGUAUAUGAAAUUAGCGCGCAAGUAUGGAUCGUUAUUCAGUGCCAAAUUAGGUGCACAAUUGACAGUGGUGAUCAGUGAUUAUAAGAUUAUCCGUGAAGCUUUUAAGACGGAGGACUUUACAGGUCGACCACAUUCUCCUCUGUUAAAAACACUUGGUGGUUUUGGCAUUAUCAACAGCGAAGGUCAACUUUGGAAAGACCAACGUAGAUUUCUCCACGAAAAGCUGCGUCAUUUUGGCAUGACAGUGUUGGGAAAUAAAAAACAUCUAAUGGAAAAUAGAAUCAUGACCGAAGUUGCCGAGUUGCUAGCAGCAUUGAAUGAAGUAGGUAAUCAAUCGACUGAUCUGAGUAAAUAUUUAUCAGUUUCCGUGAGUAACGUAAUCUGCAACAUUAUCAUGUCGGUACGGUUUUCACUAGAAGAUCCAAAAUUUAAACGUUUCAACUGGCUUAUUGAGGAAGGAAUGCGAUUGUUUGGCGAAAUACAUACAAUAGAUUAUAUUCCUCAGAUUCAAUAUCUCCCUGGUAACAUAAAUGCCAAGAAUAAGAUAGCCAAGAACCGCCAAGAAAUGUUUGAUUUUUAUCGAGAAGUGAUAGAUGAACAUAAACAAACCUUUGACAAUGGCAAUAUUCGUGAUAUAGUAGAUGCAUAUUUAGAUGAAAUCCAAAAAGCAAAAGAAGAGGGACGCGAUAUGGAACUAUUCGAAGGCAGAGAUCACGAAAUCCAAAUGAUGCAGGUUAUCGCGGAUCUUUUCUCAGCAGGUAUGGAAACGAUCAAGACAACUCUUCUAUGGCUAAACGUGUUUAUGCUGCGCCACCCGGACGCCAUGAAACGAGUUCAGGAUGAACUAGACCAGGUAGUAGGUCGCAAUCGUUUGCCGAAAAUCGAAGAUGUUCCAUAUCUACCCAUAACGGAGACUACCAUACUAGAAGUGAUGCGCAUUUCUAGCAUCGUUCCAUUAGCUACCACACAUUCCCCCAAAAGUGAUGUGGUUAUUAAUGGAUAUACAAUUCCUGCUGGCUCCUACGUAGUACCGUUGAUCAACAGCGUUCAUAUGGACCCAACACUUUGGGAUAAUCCUGAAAAAUUCAAUCCAAAUCGUUUCCUAGAUGCCGAAGGUAAAGUGCAUAAGCCAGAAUAUUUCAUUCCAUUCGGUGUUGGACGUCGCCGAUGCUUGGGUGAUGUCCUUGCAAGAAUGGAACUGUUUUUGUUCUUUGCGUCAAUAAUGCAUACAUUUACUAUUGAAUUGCCAGAGGAUGAACCGAUGCCUAGUCUGAAGGGUAUUAUCGGUGUCACUAUUAGUCCACAAGCAUUUAGAGUAAACCUAAUUCCCCGACCACUCAACAUCGAUCUCGAUAGAGUACGGAAUAUUGGAUGUUUUUGAGCAAUGAACGACUUUUCAAUGUUUUUUAGAGCACGGUAUGUUCCUCCGUUUAACGCAAAUGACAGAAUGGAAACACUUACUACUUUGAUUAACUAAUAACUAAACUACCAUUAUGAGAAAUGCGCAUAACCUCACUACAUGAGGGCUUUUUUGUAAUGAAACGAUGAAUAGAAAUUUUGUGCCUGUGUCUAAAUCAAAAGUACACUAACUAGUCAUGCUAAUGUUUGAAGAGUAAUGUUGUUAAAUGCUUUUUCUACAAUGUUGAGUUUGUUUUAAAUAUGUGUAGCAAAAAAACUGCAUUUCAUCCGCAUUUCAUCAGCAAGUUAAUUAUUUAUGUAUUUACUUAAUAUUUAAUACAGAAGUAAGACGUAGUAAACCCGGUACAAAUUCAUAGCAACAAAGCAAAACUUUGUCACACAAAUUUAAUGAUACAUUUAUAGCACAAUGUAAAUAUUCAUAAUUCACUUUAAUUUUACAUAAAAAUAAUCAUAGAUGGACAAAUUCCUUUGCAAAGGGUCUUUGUAAUUAUGGUAUAAUUCGACUUUUCAUUAAAUUUUUUAUAGUUUAGUAAUAACAGUAUAGUGAAUUAAAUGAUGCCUCCCAAAAUACUAUGUGUUCAAUAAAAUAGAGAUACAAAAUUGGUUCCAGUUAUUUUCAUUCAACGUAAUUUUAUUCAUAAAAACUGUAAUAAGCCAAUACGAAGUUCAAAGUAUGAAAGAAAACGAAUGGAAAGUUACAUUUACGUGAAUUUUAUUAAAUUUUAUAAAUUUCUGUCUCCAAACAGACAUGUUUACUGUUAUGAAUUAACAUCGUGAAAUGUAACAUUAUGUUUUUAUGAUUAAAUAACGAACGCACUUGUUUCGAAUGCACUGUUUUUGAGAGAUUAAAAUAAGUAGAAGUUAUUUCCAGUAAAGUGUUUAUCGACCCCUGAGCACAACAUACGUUUAAUUAAAAUAAUCAGAGCUAUCAACUAGUUUGUUUAAACCCAUAUACUGCACAGUGUUACUUACCUUUCAGUUUCAGGUAGACAAAAUUAGGAAGAACAAUUUCGACUACACUUUUAUUUUUGACAAUAAAUAAUUUCAAAUCUAUUCGGACUUCAGAGAGAGUUUUGUUAAUUUAAAAAAAAUGUUUCUUCAAUAAUAAUUGUGAUUAUUUAAAAAAUACAAAAUUAAACUCAUUAAACUAAUACAGAAUGUUAAACCACCAUUUUAUUUCUGAGCUUAAGAGCAGCAUAUAUUUUACAGUAAAUUUUACAACUAAAAUCAAAAUUUUAUGAAUAAACGCGCUCGAAUUUUAGGUUACGAAUUACCUGUGCCAAAAACUGCAAAUGAAAUAUAGAAUUGGAUUAAACGCGAAAUGAGACAAUAUAUGGUAUAAAACAUGACGAAAGAAAGUUCUUAUGUAUAAAUAUAUUUUGCAGUUGAAAUCUGUAUUCUAAUUAAAUUAUUUAUAUCGAACAGCUAUUAAAUGAAAAGUAUUCUGUUUUGAAUCUCAGUUAUUCAUCAACACCAAUAAAUGGAACAAUCCGGGUAUUUAAAUAAACAACGCAGAUUUUUUUUAUUUCCUGAGGGGGUCGUGCUUGAAGAUUAUUUUAUAUUCCGAAGGCGCUAGUGUAAUACCACAUAUGCCCGUUAAGUCAGGUGGAUCGUUAUAUAAUACUUCUAACUCAAAGCACCAGAAAAUGUGUGCUGUGUAAAGAUACAGAAUCAUUCGAGCUAGUUCGUCACCCAAACACAUUCGUUUUCCAGUUUGAAAAGGCAUAAAAUAAUUAGGAGCACUGUAGUGACCAGAGUCAUUAAGAAAAUGCUCUGGGUUGAAAUGUUCCGGAUCAGACCAAAGCCCUGGAUUCAUGUGGAUGGCCCACAAAAGUGGUAUAAUCAUUGUGUUUUUGGGUAUUUUGUAGCCAGCAAUGGUAG